AUGGACAAUGUAAGAAGUGUAAAAGAUGGUGGAUCACAUAGGAAGAGUGGUCGAAGUCCUACUAAAAGAUUUGAUUUUCCUUUUCAAGUAAUAUCAAGUGCAGAAUUGAGAAAUAAAGUUCUACAACAUGUUAAGAAAGAAAAAAUUGACAAGUUACAUGAGAUGCUACAAGGAAACAAUAGAGAAAGGUUUCAGGAAAUUAUAGAAGUUGUGGACGAAACACCAAAAAAAGGAAAUCAACAAGAAAGAGUUCAAAAGGUUGAUCACAAUUUGGACAAAGAGACUAUUGCAAAGAAAAUGGAGAUAGACAAACUCUCGCAACCAAAAGUAAUGAAAGAUCAUGCACAUGGUGACAAAGAAGUUGUACAAGAAACACCAAAGAAAAGAACUCAAGUGAAAGCUACAGUGAAUAGAGAGAGAAUUCAAAAGGUUGAUGGAAAAUUGGACAACCAUAUUGCUAUGAAGAAAGCAGAGAGACCUAAGCUUUUGCAACCACAAGCUAAGGAAGUUUUUGCACAUGGAAACAAAGAAGUUUCACAAGGAAUGCUGAAAAAAAGAAUUCAUGAGAAUCUACUAGAGAACAAUAGAGAUAAAAUUCAAAAGGUGGAAAAACCAAUUGCAAGGAGAAUACUUAUUUCUUCCAAAAAUAAGAAACCAGAGAAAUCUACUCUAUCUUUGGACAUAAUGAUGUCAAAAGCUGAAUGCUCUAAAAAGCUAAACAGGGUGCCAAAAUGCCCAUCAAUGUUGAUUGAUGAUUAUGUAGAUCUUCACAAGUCAAAGGAAAUGGAUGCAACCAAGUCAAACAAUGGAGAAAAACCCGGCAGCAGCGUUAACCGUAGCUCUAAUCAAAAUCAGCCAAAAAAAGGAACUCGACAAGAAAGUGUUCAAAAUCGGGCAAAAGUCAACGAAGAAGAUGCAAUCACAAAUAGAGAAGAAGAAAAAGAAACAUCCCAAAGAAAAACUCGUGGGAAAACUUUGUGCAAAAAGAUUCAUGCAAGAACUUUGGAAGAGCGAGUAGAAGUGACCUAUAAUGAGGAUUUUCAGCCAAUUGGUCCUAGUGAAAAAGUAGUAUCUGACAUGAGCCUCUUCUUGGGAACAUUGGCUAGGAACUCAACAUUUUGUCCUCUACGUUACACCAAUUGGUCAGGAAUGCCAGAUGAUAAUAAAAAUCGUUUCUGGAGAUAUACUAAUCGGAAGUUUAUCUUGUCGGUUGAAGCACGGGAUUGGAUUGAGACCACUGUUAGAGAGGCAUGGAGAUUAUAUAAGCACAAAAUUAAGAAGAAUCAUUUUUUGAAGUAUUCCAACAUGACCGAGAGACUCAAAAAUCGUCCGCCAAACGUGCCAAUAGCCCAGUUUAAGAGUCUUUGUGCUUAUUGGAGUAAGGAAACUAUACAAGCAAUCAGUGAAAAUAACACUAGAAAUAGAGCUCAACUAAAGUGGAUGCAUCGAAUGGGUCCCAAAAACUUUGCUUUGACUCGUGAAAAAGUGCGUGAAAAGGAAAAAAGAGAGCCCACUCAAUCAGAAAUGUUUGUUGAAACUCGAAAAGGAAAUAAAGGAAAAGAACUGGAUGUAGAAACUGGAAAAGUAAUUUCCCAACUUCAAGAAAUGGUUGAAAAGGAGGAAAAGAUUAAUGCUUUGAAACAAGCCCACAGUGAAGAGGUCUCUACAUUAAGGGACGAGUUUCAAGAUAAGAUUGAUAGAUUGCAAAAUGCUUUUAAGACCGUAAUACAACAAUGCAAUCCUCAAAUUAAUAUAGAGUCAAUUGAAGAUUUGUUAGGAUUAUCUCAUGGAGAUGCUAAUAGUUCCCCAAAGGAUAUAAGACCGCAAAUGCAUUCAUCUACAUCAACUCAUGCUCCAUGUCAUGGAAAGCAAUGUAUCAAUGAAGAUGUUGAAAAGGACGAUAUAAAUGAUGAAAUUCAAGAGGACGACAUAAAUGAUAAAAUUCAAGAGGAAGACCUAAAUGAUAAAAUUCAAGAGGACGACGUAGAUGACGAAUUUCAAGAGGACCACAUAGAUCUAGAUGAUGAAUUUCAAGAGGACGAUAUAGAUGGUGAAUUUCAAGAGGACGACGUAGAUGAAGAAUUUAUGGAGGAUGACAUAUCUAACGAAUUUCAAGAGGAUGAUCUGGAUGAUUUACUCUUAGAAGACAAACUUGAGUGA